UUACGAAUCAGUAUGGGUACUUUGUUUAAAUUUCGAGACAGUGAGAUGGAUUUUGAAAUUAGAGAUAAGGUUGCUUUGGUAACGGGAGGCGCUAGCGGCAUUGGUUUAGCCAUUGUGAAGGCCCUACUUAAGAAUGGAGUUAGGGGAGUUCUGGCUGCUGACAUCAAUGAAAAAUCUGGAAAAGAGGCUAUACGUGAAUUGAUAUCUAAUUAUGGUGCAGACAGAGUUACGUUUUUGAAAACUGAUGUUACAGAUAUGAACAGCUUUGAAAAUGCUUUUAAGGAAGCAAUCAGACGUUUUGGACACAUUGAUAUGUUAUUCAAUAAUGCAGGAAUUUUUGAUGAAAAUAAAUGGGAAAAGGUUAUUGAUGUCAACCUAAAAGGGGUUAUGAAUGGUAUGGUUUUAGCUGUGGAAAAAUAUUUAAAAAACCACAAGAAAGGAGACGAAGCACUUAUAAUAAAUACCAGCUCUAUAGGCAUUUUUGAAUUGAUUCAACCAUUUCCUAUCUACACUACAACAAAAUGUGGCGUUUACGUUUUAACAAAAUUUUACGGAAACAAAUAUUAUUUGAAUUCUUCAAAAGUUAAAACAAUAGCAAUUUGCCCGGGAAAAACAGAAACGCCGAUGCUGGAAGUAACUAGUAAUUCAGUCAAACCCGAAUUCAGACAUUUACUUGACGAAAUAGUAGACAGCUUCAAGGGUCAAAGUGCCGAAUUUGUAGCCGAUGAAACCAUGAAAUUGAUACCAAAAUCUCCAACAGGAAGUGUUUGGGUAAUUGAAGAAAAUAUACCAGCAUACGAACACAUUUCGUCACCCCAACAAAUCUUUGAAAGAAAUAUAAAAAGUAAAUAUUAAAAAGAAUAUUUUCAUAUAAAAAAGAGUUUUAAUAACCACCUUGUAUAACUAGAAUCCUGCAACUUAUUCGAUCUGUAGAACUCCCAGAGUUGAUUGUUAUUUAAAGCCUUGCUAAAACACAUUUCUCUAAGUCUGAUUGUUCAACUAUCCAAUAUAUCAGAAGAGUGUUCAGAUUUUUAUAAACAACAAACCGGGCAUUAAAAGUAGUUCGCAAGGAAUUAUUUAUUGCCUCGUGGUGAGCUCUAGAAAACACUUAUUCUAUAAAGUAAAUUGUAAUUAAAAAACGUUGGUUUUUGUCAGUAAUAAAUCUUAAGCGAUAAGGAUUAU